AUGUCAUGUGACCUGUACCUUGUUGCGCAUCUCCUGAAUAUCAAAUUACUUUCAACUGCACGCGACGAUAUCAUCUCGACUAUCCUCGAGUCAGGAGGAGCCGUUUAUGCGACAGUUCCUAUGCUCGUCUCUACCCCCGAUUCUGGGGCCGAAGCAUGGCCUCAGCCUCAGCCCAUUGCUGUCUUCAUUCGCAAUUUGAAGCUCCUGCGCCUUGAUCUACGCCCGGAUUGGCCAGGUAUCGUACCUUCGACACUGUCUGACAGCCAACAUAAUCUGCGGAGACGUGUCCAAGCCAUUGAAUGGGCACUGUUUUACCUGUUCCAACUAUGGGACCCUGAGCUCACACGAAAUAAGCUACAACCUUUCUUCCCACCACUCGAACCGUUGCAAUCCUCAAAUCUUCGAGCUGCACUCUUCCGGUUCCUCUCAGAGCUGACUAAAAAUGGAACGCUGGGAAGGGAGAGGAUCUUGCGAAAAGCAAUGCUGGAGGAGUGUACAGGAGAGAAAUUUGACGAGAUUCUCGCGGAAUUCUCCACGAUUGUGCUGCGCAAGGUUGUGGCUGGCUCUCGAGAAUACCGUACUGGAGCUCCCUCGUUAUCCCUACCAGCCAGCAAGCGAGGACCACCCAGUGAUACUCAUAACCUACUACCAAUGAUCAUCGCGUAUCGUGCUUCAUUGCAUUCCAUGAUAGACCAAAAGAAUGAGUUAAACUCAACGUGUCGCGACCUCAAGCAAUUCCUCCAUUUGAAAUCAAACGAACUUGCAAACUCGAGGCGCAUGCCAAAGCCCCUAGCAUCGGAAAUUAGGAAUCAGCAACAAUUUCAAGACUCUAUCAAGAGGUCAUGGCAUGGUGAUGUUGACUGGGCAACAACGAUCUUGAACGGCGAUUCUCAGGCAUGCUCGGAACCGCUACUUGAGAUGGACUUCUCACAGGUUUGGUCUGGGAUGAAAAAGGUGGAAGUUAAAGAAGGCUUGGAAUCCCAGUCGCAUCCUGAUCUCCUGGCGGAUCUGGAUGACCGUCUCUUAAAACAGAGAUCCAGGCUCCAGGGAUGGCAGAAGUUUAAAGAGUCAUUAGAUCUAGACAGCCUACGACUUCGCUUACAACGGCCAGAGAAUGCGGAUUUGCCCCAGGCCGCCCCUGAAGACGAAUGUGGCACCACCGAUUCACCGGUCGAACAUGUUGACAUGACCAAGGAAGCAACUCAGGAACCAGCUCAGGAAACGGUUCAGGAAACGACACAGGAAAGAGUUCAGGAGACAACUCAGGAAACAAUUCAGGAAACGAUUCAGGAAACGGCCGAGGAAACAGCUCAGGAGAUGCCUGAUGCGGAAACUAUUGUUGAUUCCCCGGUGGCACAUCCAGAACCAGAGUCAUCACAUACCCCCGAAGAUGCUCCUGGCAACGAAGCUAAGAUUGAUACCAUUGCCGGCGCGGUCGAAGAGCCAAGUGCUGUAACGAGGGAAGACCCUGUCACAUCAGACUCUAGCGAUUUUGAGCCAGACUUAACUGCAGAUAUAUCGACGGAAGAUAUGCUUGCAAUGCAGUUGGGGCUUUCGCCGCUAGUUAAAUCUAGCACCCCAAAGUUACCAAAGAGUAGUCCAUUGGCUAAUAGGCUAGCAAGCAGCGGCGAUACCAAUGGUGCACAGGACGAGGAAAAUCAACAAGCCGCUGAUGACAAGGCAUCGCGGGCUACUACACUCCUAGAACGCACUAGACAGUCUAUGUUGUUUGUAUCAGCCUCCACACCUCGCCCAUGGAAACCUCUCUCGGAUAACCGCCGACAAUCUCAAUUGUUACUCCCAGGUGAUCCAUUUGAAACGCCAGAGAAAAGGGCAGAGAGCAAGGGAGACUCAGAGCUAGAGGUGUCCGGUGAGGACCCGUAUAGUGAUUACAUCGAUUACGACAGUGUGUUCAAAAGUAGGCCAAAGGUUGCCUCGAGCCCUAUCCCUUUCGAAACGGCUCAACAGGAAACCCAUGAGAGCCAUGAUGAGGACUACAGUCUUAGCGACCUUGGUCUCGAAAGCUCGCCAUUGGGUAAAAUGCAAGGAAGACCGAGAGCCCAGACCAGUAUAAGGCACCCAGUCGUAUGUUUGGAUGACAAGGAAACGGCGGACUCAAAGGUUGAUUCAAACUAA